ACAUGGCGAUGCUCUGCUGCUGGAUGCUUUUAAGAUGCUUUCUAAAUACCCGCUUAACCUCCAUUCGUUUUCGAAAACAUUGCUAUAAUUCUUGCGAAAGACAGCGAAAGCAUUGACGUGCGCACUGCAAUGGAUCUAAGGAGGAGAUGGCGUCUCGGUUUCGCAGUCCUCUCCGCGCUGUGGAGUCUCGCCUCGGCUGUAACAAGAUACUCCAUCCCAGAAGAAAUUCCAGUGGGCUCCGUGAUCGCAAAUAUCGCCUCGGAUUUGGGCCUCGACGCACAUGGCCUGUUGGAACGAAAGGUAAAGCUGGAUUAUAUUCAUAGCAAGAAAUACCUAGAAAUAAAUAACGAUACCGGAGAACUGUUUAUCGCUGAGAAAAUUGACCGGGAAUAUUUAUGCCCGGCCAAAACAUCAUCGUUCUGUUUCCUCAAGAUGGAUGUGAUAAUUGAGAAUCCAGUACGCAUAUUUAAUAUCGAAUUGGAAAUUAUGGACAUAAAUGACAACGCGCCUCAGUUCAGACGGGAGAGAAUACCGCUCGAUGUUUCGGAAUCAGCAACACCUGGAGAGAGAUUUUCUUUAACAAACGCGGUGGAUGCAGAUGUUGGAGAGAACUCGAUCGAGACCUAUUACCUGAGUGAAAGUAACGAGUUUACCAUUGAAAUCCAGACUGGAAGUGACGGGACUAAAUAUGUCGACCUAGUGCUAAAAGCUAGCUUGGACAGAGAAAAACAGGCCGUCCACACACUAACCCUCACCGCUGUGGACGGCGGCAUACCUGCGCGUUCAGGCACGGCCAGCAUUAUCAUUCAAGUGCUGGACAUCAAUGACAACGCCCCUCAGUUUGAUCGACAAGUUUACUCGGUUGACCUCAUUGAGAAUGCACCUAUAGGGACGCUGAUUAUGCAGCUGAAUGCAACAGAUUUGGACGAGGGUGUCAAUGCGGACGUCAUAUACUCUUUCACUUUAUACACAUCUGAGAAAACACAAGAAAAGUUCUCUUUGGAUCCUAGCAGUGGAGAAAUAAGAGUAAAAGAUGUGAUCGAUUUUGAAGAAGUGAAGAGUUUUGAGAUGUAUGUUGAAGCCAAGGACAAGGCAGUGAAUCCGCUUUCAGGUCAGUGUAAAAUAUUAGUGUUCAUCACCGAUCUAAACGACAACCAUCCUGAGAUUACGAUCAAAUCAUCACAGAGUCUGAUAAAAGAAAAUGACCCUGUAGGAACGGUGAUCGCCGUCAUCAGCGUGAGCGACAGGGACUCCGGAGAUAAUGGCAAAGUUGUUCUCUCCAUCCACAAUGCUCAGAUGUUACCUUUUGCACUUAAUAAGUCAUCGGAAGACUUUUUUGCGUUAACAGUUACCCAAUCACUUGACCGUGAGCGAAUCCACAGUUAUGACAUCACUCUUCACGUGACUGACAGAGGAAGCCCUCCUCUGACCGGUAACGAAACGAUCAGUGUUACAAUUCAAGAUGUCAAUGAUAACGGCCCAAUGUUUCCUCAAACCCUCUAUACCAUUCAUCUGAUGGAAAACAACGCGCCCGGAGCGUUGCUAGCCUCACUAACCGCUCAUGACCCAGACCUGCAUGAAAAUCAGUAUCUGGUUUACUUCAUCAUAGAAAAAGAGAUAGCCAACACCUCAAUGUCCAUGCUGUUUUCCAUCAAUCCUGAAAAUGGCAACCUCUACGCUUUACGCACGUUUGACUACGAAAUGGAGAAGGAGUUUCUGUUUCACAUCGAAGCGAGAGAUUCUGGGCUCCCUCCUCUUAGCAGUAAUGUGACCGUACACAUCAUCAUCCUGGACCAAAACGACAACACGCCCCUCAUAGUUUCUCCCUGGCGUCCGCAGGGCACUGUCAUAGAGCAAAAAAUCCCAAGGUCGAGCGAUAAAGGAUCCCUGGUCACCAAGGUUAUCGCGUUGGACGCCGACUCCAUGCAGAACUCUCGUAUAACAUAUCAGUUCCUGCAGAUCACAGACACACCACUAUUCAGCCUCGAUCAGUACAACGGCGAGAUACGAACCACGCGGAUGUUCAGUUACAGAGACCCCAAAUAUCAACACCUGAUCAUCAUAGCCAGAGACAACGGAGAACCUCCUCGCUCCGCCACGGUGACCAUCAAGAUCUCCACAGUGGACCAAGUGGUCACGCAGUUAACCGAAACCACAGAGGUUCCUGUCGGAUACGACCUGAUCACUGAUCUAAACCUGUACUUGCUGAUCGGUUUGGGGUCGGUGUUGUUUAUGCUGCUCAUUACCAUCCUGGUGAUCAUCGUGCUGAAAUGUCAGGAACCGAAGCCCUCACAAGCGGCUCCCCAGGGUAGGAACAGCAUCCUCAGCCAGAGGAACUCCUCCACCAUCGCUGACUCUACUCUCAUCUCAAGUGAUGCCUACUGGUACAGUCUGUUUCUGGCAGAGACUAGGAAAGGGAAGGUGGUGGUGCGGCAGCCCCUUCCUAACGGAACAGGGUUUAUUGUGUCAAGUAUCCCAGGAAGUGCUACGCUGACUGAGACCAGUGCAUCAAGGUCUUCCACUUUACAGGAGUCAAGCAGUGAUUUACCAUGAUCUGGACAUGUUGACUGAUGGUUUACAACCUUCCACACCAGGCUCUGUCCAUGAGGGACAGAUUGAACUUCUGCUAAACCGUUUUUCAGGGUUUCAUUAGAUUCAAGACGAAUUGGUCAAGGGGUCUAAUUUGAGUUUUUAAAUAGCAACCUGUGUGUGUAGCCUCAAGAGAGCAUUUUGAAUAUUCGUUCAUGUUUUAUAUUCAUUUAUAGGAUUAGUCCUUUCAUUUAUUACUGUGAUUUAUUCAUUUGACUUAUUUUACUAUCACUUCUUCUCCUGCUUACUGUUCUUCGCGUUGCCUUUUGGGCGAAUUGAAGAAUUAACUUUAAUUCAAAUUGACAGUUUCGGAGACCAAGACCAACAUUGUGUCAGAGAAAGACAUU